CAAAGCAUCUAGCUUAAGACUAGAAAUCGGAAGCUUGACUAUCGAGAUGUAAUUCGUUGAUUCGUAUCUGGAUGGCUUCUCUAGCGAACUUUGUUACGACGAAGACUCUUUUAGGCAAAGAGAGCCCCAAGAUUUUGAUAACGAAUCCCAACCGGAACUGUUCUCUGAAGGCACACCCGAUCCAUUUGAUUCGAACGAUGAAAUUCUUAGCCACAACAGCCAAGAGCGUAGCACCUCAAGUCUUCUCCCACUUUUAACGCUGGCCGAUUGGAGAGAAGACCACAUUUAUGACGAAAGACCCCCCAUAUAUGUGCACUAUUCUCUAGAAUGGAAGCUCACAAUAAACGGAAGGAGUCGCACAAAGGAUAUGGAACAAGACGUUGUGCUCGCACCAAGCGCCAUCUGGAUGCGAGCACUCCGACCUAAUUUACAGAAAAUCGUAGAUACUAAGCUGUCAUCUAACAAAACAUAUCGGGCCGCUGAAACAAGCGUUACCGUACACGUAUCAGACCGUGCCGAACGUGAUCUCACGAAGAGAUUUGACGGACUCGACAUAGAUUGGGCAGUCCUCGAGAACCAGCUUGUAGCUUGGAGUCGGCUGUUUCGAGCUGGAAAAAGACUCCGACUCACAAUGGAGUUCAAGUAUAUCGAGGUUGGCGAUAUCUCUGCCGGAGAUCGACGACGGAGUGGGCGCAACAAAAACUCUACUACAGAGCAAAUGCUAUCCGAAAGAUCUACGGAGAUUAAUACGGCAGCAAAUCCUGUCAACAAAACUGGUGAAUGGAGUCGCGUGUAUAACCUGAUAAGGUGUCCCAAUCCAUCUUGUCAACCGGCCGUAGAGUCGAACGUGCAUUACCCGUUAUUACAACACCACAUAAGAGAUCUCGUAAGAUACGCCCAGAAAGGUAGGAAACUUGAAACACAUGGUAAUGUCCCACAUAUCAUCCGGGAGCAACUCAAAGCUACAACGCAGAAUGUUUCGAACCACAAGCGAAAGCGUGACGAAUCGCCCGUGCGAGCUCUCCCACCAAUCAACAUAAACGUUUCUUCAAGCCCGCACGCUGCCGACACUAGUGGCAUAUGGGCGACAGAACCAUUAGGACCAAAAAAUGUAGAACGCUUGAACAUUCCUGGUCUACGUGAAGAUAUUCUUCAGUACUAUACUAUAUAGCACCAGUCAAGAGUCAGGCAGGCCAACCUCAAGAGCGAAUUCAGCAAGGCUAAUGAUCUGACACUUGAGUCGGGAUUUUCCCUCGACCAAGUACACAGGGACCAGAACCCCGCAUUCUAUACCGAGCAAGGUGUCAAGCCUGGAAUUGCACGCAGUUACGUAGAAGACAUUCCUGGAUGGGUGGAAAAAGGCAUGCCUAGCGAGGAAUUG